AAAAGCCACAAAGAAGAAGUUUGUGAUUACCUUAUCCUUCAGAAACUCGACAGAAGAAACAACCAUGGCUUCACUGCUGCUUGGAGCUGCUCCAGUUCCAGCUCAAUCUGUCAAUCUUUCUUCUUUGUCUCGUAUUUCCUCUUCUCAUUCCCAAACCCUCGGAACUUCAUUGUCAGUUUCAACUUCCUCAGUUUCACUCUCCACUGCUUCUUCUCCCUCAAUCCCCUACGUGUACUGUGGCAGAGGGGAUAAGAAAACAAAGAAAGGGAAGCGCUUUAAUCACUCCUUUGGCAAUGCGAGGCCUAGGAACAAGAAGAAGGGGAGAGGGCCACCAAGAGUGCCGAUUCCUCCGUCGCCUCCGAGGAAAGAUAAGUUUGAUGAUGAUGAGAAGAUCAAGAUUGAAAUCGAUGAGUCUCUGUUUUCCAGCUAAUAGCUAGACCCCAUCAUGGUUAAUUUGUUCAUUUCUCUUGUAAUAUUCAAAUUCCAAAACUUGGGUAUGCUGUAUUUGCAAUUAACAACACACUCUUUUGUCUGAAUUCUUCUCUGCAUUUGAAUUUUGGGUUCUUUUUGGAAGAAUUAAGUUGAUACUUAAA